UCUUCAUCUUCUUCUUCCUAGCUAGAAUUGCUAAACAAAUCAUUUGUACUCUUGCAGAGCCAUUUUUCUUGUGUAGGCUUCAAUAUGAUGCAAAAGAUUGUCAUUGAGGUGCAGAUGAGAAGCAGAAGACGUCGUGCCAAGGCCAUGAAGAUAGCUGCUGUCGCUGAUGGUGUUAAUCCAGUGGCUUUCAAUGAGGAAAAGAAAGACCAGAUGGUAAUAAUUGGAGAUGGAAUUGAUGCAGCUAGCGUAGCUCUCUCUUUGAGGAAGAAGGUUGGCCAUGCUACCUUAGUGACCGUGGAAGAAAUAGUACUGGAAGAUAUAUGAUAUUUUAGAAACUGAAAAAAGGAAAAAAGAAAAAAAGAGGAGCCA